AUGGAGUUUUUGCAGUUUCUGUCAUGGGCGUGCAUCGUAUUUACAGUCGGGAUGUUCUCGACUGGACUGUAAGUUUGACAGCUUUCUGCUUUUCAGAGAAACUACCUGGCUAAGUAGCUAGCUAGAUACCUGUUCUUUAUUGCCAACAUCGCAAACUUGGGCAGAGACCAAAUUCAGUUCUAAUUUGCUUGUUUGUAUUGCAUUAAACUGUAGAAACAUAGCGAUUUCAUUUGAUAGCUAGGUGUUGGUUAGCUAGUUAGCAAGUCCACCCUUAUGUCACAAAUAGGAGUUAUACAAAUAUUUGCUUAGUUAUUCGUUCAAUGCCUGAGGCUUGUGCAAAUAGAAUGCUCAGGUCAGGUGAUACUAAAAUAAUAUGUUAGUUCAGUUGCAUCCUUUUUCUUGUGCCAGAGUUGCAAGCAUGUCUUAUAAAACUGUGUGUGUGUGUGUGUGUGUGUGUGUGUGUGUGUGUGUGUGUGUGUGUGUGUGUGUGUGUGUGGGGGGGGUCUCUGUCAGGACGGACCUGAAGAAGAUGAGAGCUUCCAAAACUGCAGAUAACGUCCAGUUCCUUCCCUUCCUCACCACAUGCCUCAAGUAAGCUGUGUGUGUGUGUGUGUGUGUGUGUGUCGUGCGUGCGUGCAGUGCCAAUGCUAUGUGCCAGCGACCACUGAUCAAACCCGGGUCAUCUGCACAAGUCAUACUGUGUUAGCCCGCUGAGCUAAAGUCUUGUUGUUUGUCUCUAUAGUAACCUGGGCUGGCUGUAUUAUGGGAUACUGAAGACGGAUGGGACUCUGGUCCUGGUUAACACCAUAGGAGCCUGUCUACAGUCCCUCUACAUCCUCUCCUACUGCCACUACACCAAUGACAAGGUGAGCUGACCAGAGCGUUUUAUAGUCUCUCCUACAGCCACUACACCAACGACAAGGUGAGCUGACCACAGCGUUCUAUAGUCUCCUACUGCCACUACACCAACGACAAGGUGAGCUGACCACAGCGUUCUAUAGUCUCUCCUACUGCCACUACACCAAUGACAAGGUGAGCUGACCACAGCGUUCUAUAGUCUCUCCUACUGCCACUACACCAACGACAAGGUGAGCUGACCACAGUGUUUUAUAGUCUCUCCUACUGCCACUACACCAAUGACAAGGUGAGCUGACCACAGCGUUCUAUAGUCUCUCCUACUGCCAUUACACCUACAACAAGGUGAGCUGACCACAGCGUUUUAAGGUCACUCCUACUGCCGCUACACCAACGACAAGGUGAGCUGACCACAGUGUUUUAUAGUCUCUCCUACUUCCAUUACACCAACGACAAGGUGAGCUGACCACAUCGUUUUAAGGUCUCUCCUACUGCCAUUACACCAACGACAAGGUGAGCUGACCACAGCGUUCUAUAGUCUCUCCUACUGCCACUACACCAACAACAAGGUGAGCUGACCACAGCGUUUUAUAGUCUCUCCUACUGCCAUUACACCAACGACAAGGUGAGCUGACCACAUCGUUUUAAGGUCUCUCCUACUGCCGCUACACCAACAACAAGGUGAGCUGACCAUGGCAUUUUAUAGUCACUUAUCACAUAUAUAUAUGCCCAGACCUGAAUCCCCCAGGAGUGCAUUAGUUUGUCUUCGAGAUGGGUCUGGUGUUCAUUUCUGUAGAUAUCAUAAUGACGGUUUUCUGUAUAUAUUCAGGGUGUGUUUGCUUUAGUUCAAUGUUUGUCUUUUGCCGUUAUGGUUUGAAAUACACUUUAGUAUGUCUGCCCACUGGUUCCCUGCUUGUAGCCUAGUUUUAGGGUGUGUGUCAGUAAACUAAUGUUGUGCGUGUGUGUUCCAGAGGCGAGUGACCUCUCAGACGUUACUAGCAGGAGGAGUGGUCUGUGGAGGCUGGCUGUACUUCAGUGUUCUCCUUCCUCAGGGAGAGUCUCAGCUGGCCCAGUUAGGCCUCACCUGCAGCCUGUUCACUAUCAGCAUGUACCUGAGUCCACUCGCUGACCUGGUAAAUAUACAAAACCUUUCACAACAUUUAACAAACCGCUACACAACAUUCACCCAGUUAGGCCUCACCUGCAGCCUGUUCACUGUCAGCAUGUACAGUGAGGGAAAAAAGUAUUUGAUCCCCUGCUGAUUUUGUACGUUUGCCCACUGACAAAGACAUGAUCAGUCUAUAAUUUUACAUGGUAGGUUUAUUUAAUUCAACGUACGGCCCGCGGGCCGUCAGGCCGCAACGGUUUAGAGAGUUUUUGAAAAAAAAAAAAAAUAUAUAUAUUAUAAUAUAUUUUUUUUUUUGUAAGAAAAACGCAUUCAAUAAAAUAAUGUGUUCCAAUUCGUCCACUGAUGCGCAAUAGAUUGUGUUAGCAGCAAAUUACCGGGGCAGAGCAAGUAGUAAGCCGUGAAUGACUACUUUGUUUGCCCGCGAUAUUUAUUACGGCUUCUACUUUUAACAUUAUGUGCUUUGGCACCCUCAUUGCCCCAAUAUGUCUCUGUCAAAAAAGAGAAAAGUGGACGCAGAGUGCAGAGUGUUCCAAGAAAAAUGGUCAUCCUAUUUAUUCACGGAAUUGAAUGGGAAAGCUGUAUGUUUGGUGUGUUCAGAGCAUGUUGCAGUGCUGAAAGAAUAUAACCUUCGUCGCCACUAUGUGAGUCUUCAUGCCGACAAAUAUGACAACUUUCAAGGACAGCGGAGAUGAGAGAAGGUGAAUGAACUGUUGGCGGGUCUGAAGAAACAGCAGUCUGUGUUUACUCACAGCCGAGACAUCAGUGACGCUGCAGUGAAAGCUAGCUACCUCAUUGCUAAUGAAAUCGCAGUGGCUUCAAAACCAUUUAGUGAGGGUGAAUUUGUAAAAACAUGCAUGAUGAAGGCAGCGGAGAUUGUGUGCCAUGAAAAGCGGCAGGCUUUUGCAAAUAUCAGCCUGACAAGAAACACAGUUGCAGUAAAGUCAUUUAUUGCGUUUUCGGUUGCAAUUGAUGAAAGCACGGACAUUACAGAUGUUGCACAACUGGCCAUUUUCAUCCGCGGAGUUGAUGACACAUUGACCGUCACCGAGGAGUUCGUGGAGUUGGUGCCGAUGACAGAUACAACGACAGCAGCUGAUAUUUUUACCGCACUCGUCGGCGUGCUGGACAGGGUCGGAGUGGACUGGUCCCGCGCUGUCAGCCUGGCUACAGAUGGUGCGCCCUCAAUGAUCGGGAAAAAAGCAGGCGUUGUGACAAAGUUCAGAGAGAAAGUGCAAUCUGCAAAUGGAGGAUGUGAUUUUUUGACUUUUCACUGUAUUUUGCACCAGGAGGCUUUGUGUUGCAAGUCAUUAAAGAUGGAUAACGUCAUGAAGGUGGUCAUCCAAACUGUUAAUUUCAUCCGAUCCAGAAGCCUGAAUCACCGUCAGUUUGACAGCCUUCUCAGAGAGAAAGACCACAUCUAUGGCCUGCCAUACCACACUGAGGUAAGAUGGUUAAGCCGAGGUGCUGUGCUGAGGCGUUUCUUUGAUUUACGAGAAGAAAUUGAACAGUUCAUGGAAGAAAAGGGCAAACCAGUGUUAGAAUUUCAUUCCGCAGAAUGGAUGCAGGACCUUGCAUUUAUGGUGGAUGUUACAGAGCAGCACCUGAAUAACUUGAACAAACAGCUGCAAGGGCGCAACAAAGUUGUCACGCAGUAUUAUGACAGCAUACGUUCUUUCAAGUUGAAGCUGUCAUUGUGGGAGACGCAACUUGCCGGUGGUGAUGCAGCUCACUUCCCCUGUCUGAAAAAUGUGUGCGCGACCCAACAUGUGGCAGACAUGAAGUGGUUCAAAGAUAAAAUAACGGGACUGUUACGGGAGUUUGAGCAACGCUUUCAGAUUUAUGUUUAUGUUUUUAUGUUGAUGUGCUAUUGUUUUUAAUUGAUUUUAUUUGUAUAUUUAACCUAUUCUUGACUCUGUGGUUCUUGCACUUUUUUGGGGAAAAGGAUUCAUUAUUUUUAUCUACAUUUCUGCCUGAGAAAUGACACCCGAUAUAGUUCUGUGAUCUGUGAAAUAGUUAUGUUAAUCACUGAGGCAUUGUUUUGUUUUGUGUGUUCUUUUCUUAGGAAUUUUCAAAAAAAACUUGACGUGUUUUAUGAUUAAUAGUGAUGUUGUGCUUGUACUAUUUUGGGCACACUGUCCUCAGGCUCCAGCUUUAUGUUGUAUGUUGAUAGUAUUAAAAAAAAAGAAAACAAUCUGAAGUUGUUGUUUUUAAGUUAUAUUAAAUACCAUGAUUUUUCCGGUCCGGCCCUUGGGAAUGAUUUUUCCCCCAUGGGCCCCUGAGCUAAAAUGAGUUUGACACCCUGAUUUAAACAGUGAGAGAAAAGAAUAAACAACAAAGAAAUCCAGAAAAAACGCAUGUCAAAAAUGUUAUAAAUUGAUUUGAUUAUAAUGAGGGAAAUAAGUAUUUGACCCCUCAGCAAAACAUGACUUAGUACUUGGUGGCAAAACCCUUGUUGGCAAUCACAGAGGUCAGACGUUUCUUGUAGUUGGCCACCAGGUUUGCACACAUCUCAGGAGGGAUUUUGUCCCACUCCUCUUUGCAGAUCUUCUCCAAGUCAUUAAUGUUUCGAGGCUGACGUUUGGCAACUCGAACCUUCAGCUCUCUCCACAGAUUUUCUAUGGGAUUAAGGUCUGGAGACUGGCUAGGCCACUCCAGGACCUUAAUGUGCUUCUUCUUGAGCCACUCCUUUGUUGCCUUGGCCGUGUGUUUUGGGUCAUUGUUAUGCUGGAAUACCCAUCCACGACCCAUUUUCAAUGCCCUGGCUGAGGGAAGGAGGUUCUUACCCAAGAUUUGAUGGUACAUGGUGCCGUCCAUCGUCCCUUUGAUGCGGUGAAGUUGUCCUGUCCCCUUAGCAGAAAAACACCCCCAAAGCAUAAUGUUUCCACCUCCAUGUUUGACGGUGUGGAUGGUGUUCUUGUGGUCAUAGGCAGCAUUCCUCCUCCUCCAAACACGGCGAGUUGAGUUGAUGCCAAAGAGCUCAAUUUUGGUCUCUUCUGACCACAACACUUUCACCCAGUUCUCCUCUGAAUCAUUCAGAUGUUCAUUGGCAAACUUCAGACGGGCCUGUAUAUGUGCUUUCUUGAGCAGGGGGACCUUGCGGGCGCUGCAGGAUUUCAGUCCUUCACGGCGUAGUGUGUUACCAAUUGUUUUCUUGAUGACUAUGGUCCCAGCUGCCUUGAGAUCAUUUACAAGAUCCUCAUGAUCAUGAUCAUUGCAACUCCACGAGGUGAGAUCUUGCAUGGAGCCCCAGGCCGAGGGAGAUUGACAGUUAUUUUGUGUUUCUUCCAUUUGCGAAUAAUCACACCAACUGUUGUCACCUUCUCACCAAGCUGCUUGGAGAUGGUCUUGUAGCCCAUUCCAGCCUUGUGUAGGUCUACAAUCUUGUCCCUGAGAUCCUUGGAGAGCUCUUUGGUCUUGGCCAUGGUGGAGAGUUUGGAAUCUGAUUGAUUGAUUGCUUCUGUGCACAGGUGUCUUUUAUACAGGUAACAAGCUGAGAUUAAGAGCACUUCCUUUAAGAGUGUGCUCCUAAUCUCAGCUCGUUACCUGUAUAAAAGACACCUGGAAGCCAGAAAUCUUUCUGAUUGAGAGGGGGUCAAAUACUUAUUUCCCUCAUGAAAAUGCAAAUCAAUUUAUAACAUUUUUGACAUGCGUUUUUCUGGAUUUUUUUGUUGUUAUUCUGUCUCUCACUGUUCAAAUAAACCUACCAUUAAAAUUAUAGACUGAUAAUUUCUUUGUCAGUGGGCAAACGUACAAAAUCAGCAGGGGAUCAAAUACUUUUUUCCCUCACUGUACCUGAGUCCACUCGCUGACCUGGUAAAUAUACAAAACCUUUCACAACAUUUAACAAACCUCUACACAACGUUUAUACAACAUUCACCCAGUUAGGCCUCACCUGCAGCCUGUUCACUGUCAGCAUGUACCUGAGUCCACUCGCUGACCUGGUAAAUAUGCAAACCCUUUCCAUGCAUUGACCUGGUGAAUAAACUUUUAUACAACUUUAAUACAACGUUCAGAUAACAUUCACUCACUAGCCUGGCAAAUAUACCUGUUUUUACAAUGGUCUGAUACCCACUAUCCUCAGAGUACUCAGAUUCCUCACAUACUCUCAUAAAUAUGUAAGUUAGAGCAACAACAGGGCAAUCAACAGGCCAAUAAGAUGCCAGCUUCAGAACAUGACCUCCUCUCAUCACUCUCUGUCUCUCUCUUUCUCCCCUUUCCCUCCGCCUCCUCUCUUUUCCUCUGUGUUCCUGUUUAUUCCUCCGCUAGGGCUGCAUGAUUUGGGCAUUUGUAAAAAAUGUUGUUGCAAAUAUUGCAAUAUAAUUUAUAUUGAACCAAAAUAUAAAUGCAACAUGCAACAAUUUCAAAAUAUUUACUGAGUUACAGUUCAUAUAAGGAAAUCAGUCAAUUGAAAUGCAUUCAUUAGGCCCUAAUCUAUGGAUUUCACAUGACUGGGCAGGGGCGCAGCCAUGGGUGGGCCUGGGAGGGCAUAGGCCCAGCCAAUCAGAAUGAGUUUUUCCCCACAAAAGGGCUUUAUUACAGACAGAAAUACUCCUCAGUUUCAUCAGCUGUCCGGGUGGCUGGUCUCAGAUGAUCCCACAGGUGAAGAAGCUGGAUGUGGCGGUCCUGGGCUGGCGUGGUUACACGUGGUCUGCGGUUGUGAGGCCGGUUGGACGUACGGCCAAAUUCUCUAAAACGAGGUUGAAGGCGGCUUAUGGUAGAGAAAUGAACAUUCAAUUCUCUGGCAACAGCUCUGGUGGACAUUCCUGCUGUCAGCAUGUCAAUUGUGUGCUCCCUCAAAAUGGAGACAUCUGUAGCAUUGUGUUGUGUGACAAAACUGCACAUUUAAGAGUGACCUUUUAUUGUUCCCAGCACAAGGUGCAUCUGUGUAAUGAUCAUGCUGUUUAAUCAGCUUCUUGAUAUGCCACACCUGUCAGGUGGAUGGAUUAUCUUGGCAAAGGAGAAAUGCUCACUAACAGGGACGUAAACACAUUUUUGCAAACAUUUUGAGAGAAAAAAGCUUUUUGUGCAAGUGGAACAUUUCUGGGAUCCUUUUAUUUCAGCUCAUGAAAAAUGGGACCAAGACAUUACAUGUUGCGUUUAUAUUUUUGUUCAAUAUAGAUCAAAACACUUGGGCGAACUGUUGAAAUCAUAGAAAGGGAAUGAUUUAUAUUAAGAAACAAAUUGGAAAGCAGCAUCAUUCUUGUUUGGAACAAUCUGUUGACUGCAUUUGACCUAAAAGAACAACAUGCAAACUUCUAGUGAAUCUAACAGCGAGGAGGAGGAACUGUGCUGCUUGAGUGACGGGGCGGGGCUUGGUGUGUGCGAAGCAGCUGCAAGAGGAGAGAGACGACAGUCUGAACUAGUGAACUAUUAAAAACGGACAUUACACGUGGCUGAGUGGCGUUUCAAAAUAUGACAUGCAAUAUGGAUCACUUGAAAAAUGGAUAUUGCACAUGUCAAUAUUGCGAUUAAUUGUGCAGCCCUACUCUCCGCCUUCCUGUUUGUCUCAUUCUCUCUCUCUGUCUGUCUCUGUCUCCUCAUAUGACCCUGUGUCUAUUUCCUGUCUUUCUUUCUCUUGUCUAUGUCUUCCUGUUGUUCUGGGUCUUAUCCCUUCUGCUGUCUUUUUGGAUACAUUGGAAUUGCAUCAAUUCAUCUCCCCCUCUCUUCUCUCUCCCCCUCUCUUCUCUCUCCCCCUCUCUUCUCUCUGUCAGAUGAAGAUAGUGCGUACAGGUAGUGUGGAGUGUUUGUCCUUCUCUUUGACUGUAGCUACCUUUCUCACCUCAACAUCCUGGACGCUCUAUGGACUACAGCUGCAAGACUACUAUAUCAUGGUGUGUAUAUGUGAGACGUGGUAGGGGCUAGAUGGAAGGGGACUGGUAAAUGAUUGUAAAUUACCUUUAACCUCUGUGUAUUUGUUUGUGUGUUCCAGGUUCCAAACACGCCAGGCAUCGUGACCAGUCUCAUCCGGUUCUUCCUGUUCUGGAGAUUUGCAUCUGUCAAUCAAGGUGUGCCGUCCUAUAAGCUCAUCGAAAUCUAA